AUGUCGCACCUUCGCUGGACAGUGGACAAGGAAGGUUGUGUCAUCCGCAUCUUUGCAGCCCAUUUCUUUGGGUGCAUGGAAAUCUUUGUCCUCAUCCUCAUGGCUUUUGAUCGUUAUGUGGCCAUUUGUAAGCCCCUGCGAUACACAACCAUCAUGAGCCGGCGUGUCUGUGUUGUGCUGGUGAUUCUGGCCUGGGUGGGGUCUUGUAUCCAUUCCUCAGCACAGAUUUUCCUGGCUUUGCAAUUGCCCUUCUGUGGUCCCAAUGUAAUUGAUCACUAUUUCUGUGACUUGCAGCCCUUAUUGAAACUUGCCUGCAUGGACACUUAUGUAAUAAAUUUGCUGGUUGUGACCAAUAGUGGAGCCAUAUGCAUGGUGAGUUUCAUGGUCUUGCUUAUGUCCUAUGGUGUCAUUUUAUACUCUUUGAGAAACCACAGUGCAGAAGGAAGGCGAAAAGCUCUUUCCACCUGCACCUCCCACUUUCUUGUGGUUGUCAUAUUUUUUGGUCCAUGCAUAUUCAUAUAUACACGCCCACCAACCACAUUUCCAAUGGACAAGAUGGUGGCUGUGUUUUAUACGAUUGGGACACCCUUGCUUAACCCUCUGAUCUAUACACUGAGGAAUGCAGAAGUGAAAAAUACCAUGAAAAAGUUAUGGUGUAGCAAAUUAUGA